GUCGCCUCAGCUUCCGGAAACUCCAAGUCGCCAGGGCGCAGCGGCAGAGCCGCGGCGAGGCUAGCGCUUUGUUCCGCGGUUGAGUCUCGCGCCCUCGGGCGCGCGCAUCCCGGGGACCUGCGGGUGCGGCUCUGCCCCAGGCCCGCGGCGGAGGAGCAGGCGCGAUCCCGUGCGCCCGAAGCAAUCCCGGGACCCGCCAGGCCAGGCCCCCAGAGAAGACAGCUGCGGCGCUUCGAGACACAAAGACCAGUGGGAUGUGGAAGCAAACGGGGAGCCGGCAAAGGGAAAGCGAAAGCCGCGGGCCCAGUCAGUAACCGGGUGAAGGCACCGCGCCGCCCUCCCGACGCCGGCGGUACCCGGGCCUGCCCUUGCGAGCCUUCCUGGCCCAGGCUCGUGCGCCGCAGCCAUGGCCAUUGCUCACCUGGCUACCGAGUACGUCUUCUCAGACUUUUUGCUGAAGGAGCCCUCGGAGCCCAAGUUCAAGGGGCUGCGGCUGGAGCUGGCCGUGGACAAGAUGGUCACGUGCAUCGCCGUGGGGUUGCCGCUGCUGCUCAUCUCGCUGGCCUUCGCACAGGAAAUCUCGAUUGGUACCCAAAUAAGCUGCUUCUCCCCUAGUUCUUUCUCGUGGCGUCAGGCCUCCUUCGUGGACUCUUAUUGCUGGGCAGCCGUCCAGCAGAAGGACUCCUUGCAGGGUGACUCUGGAAACCUUCCAUUGUGUCUGCAUAAGUUUUUCCCCUACAUCCUGUUACUGGUGGCGAUCCUGCUGUACCUUCCCUCCCUGUUCUGGCGUUUCGCAGCUGUUCCUCAUCUUUGCUCAGAUUUGAAAUUUAUCAUGGAAGAACUUGACAAAGUUUACAACCGCGCAAUUAGAGCUGCAAAGAGCGCGCGUGACCUUGACUUGAGAGACGGUGCCUGCCCAGCUCGAGAAGUUAAUGAGAACCUGGGGCAAAGUUUGUGGGAGAUACCGGAAAGCCACUUCAAGUACCCAAUUGUGGAGCAGUACUUAAAGACAAAGAAAAACUCCAAAAGUUUAAUUGUCAAGUACAUCAGCUGUCGGGUGCUGUCACUCAGCAUUAUACUGUUAGCAGGCGUCUACCUGGGCUAUUACUUUAGCCUCUCCUCCCUCUCGGAUGAGUUCAUCUGCAACAUCAAAUCUGGCAUCCUGAAAAAUGACAGCACUGUCCCCGAUCGGUUCCAGUGCAAACUCAUUGCCGUCGGCAUCUUCCAGUUGCUGAGUUUCAUCAACCUCGUGGUGUAUGUCAUGCUGGCUCCCCUGGUGGUCUACACGCUGUUUGUUCCAUUCCGACAGAAGACGGAUGUUCUCAAAGUGUAUGAAAUCCUGCCCACUUUUGAUGUUCUGCAUUUCAAAUCGGAAGGGUACAACGACUUGAGCCUCUACAUUCUUUUCUUGGAGGAGAAUAUUAGUGAACUCAAGUCGUACAAGUGUCUUAAGGUUCUGGAGAAUAUUAAAAGCAGUUGUCAGGGCAUUGACCCCAUGCUUCUCCUGACAAACCUCGGCACGAUCAAGAUGGACGUGGUUGAUGGCAAAAAUCCUGAGCCCGUGGAGAUGAUGGCAGAGGAGCAGGGGGACCAGACGGUAGAUCUCAAAGAUUUGAAUGGACACAGUGGAACGAAAAUAAAUAACGGAGAGCAGAAUGCUCGACAGAGGCUUCUGGAUACUUCUUGCUGACGAUUUUUUUUCCCGUGAACUUAAGAUCAGCGACCUG